GCCAUCAUGUCCGACGACAAGGUCAUCGUCUUCGAAGUCUUCUACGGCGUCUCCUCUCCAUGGGCACUUCUUGGUGCACCCAGAGUCGAAGAAAUCGGCAAGAAGUACAACCUGACCGUGCAUUUACGCCCCAUCGUCAUCAUCGAAGCAAACGGGGGAAUUCCGCUACGCACGAGAACAGAAGCACGUCAGGACUACCAUGCUCUUGACCUAGCGCGCUGCGCGAAGAAGCUAGGCGUACCGAUGGUUCCCAAGCCCAAGUACUACCCCCCUCCGCCGGGCGGCAUAUCACUCGCUGCGCAAGCCAUCAUUCGCGUCCAGAAGAUGUUGGGCCGUGGGCACCCGCUCGCGCUGGCGUUUAGCUACGCCAUACAGCGCUGCAUAUGGAUCGACGAGGGCAACUACUGCGAUAUCGAGGUCCUGAAGUCCCUUGGCCGCCAAGUGGGCCUUCCUGAGAACGUCGUCGACCAGGCCAUCAUCGACCGGAGAGGUGACCCUGAGGACGAGGGCGUCAAGGAGUGGCAACAGAACCUGAAGGACGCGGAAGCCAUUGUAGGCAUCUUCGGGACGCCCAACUACGUUGUCAACGGGGAGAUCUUCUGGGGUCAAGACCGACUGGACUUUGUCGAAGACCGCAUCAAAGAGCUGCUGGCGGCCGGCUACAAGGCGACGUAG